CCAGUAGCGCGCUCCCAGUUCGGACACGCAGGCACGCCUCGUGUAUCCCUUCCAGGGCGACAAAAACUGCGAGUGCAGCGCGGAAGACUACGCUUCUCCCCGGUUUCGUUUUCCGCCCUCCUUUCAGUGUACGUGCAGGCAAUUAUUAUUAUUCUUCUUUGUAACUUCCACUGCAACAGAGUAGCCUAUUGGGUGGGCGAUGAGGCGCUGAGAGCAGACAGAUGGUCAGAACGGGCAAUGUGAAGAUAAUGUAAGAUCUCUGGAGUUAUUAUUGCAUACACCAGUAAAGGCAGCAAAAAAAGAAAAAAGGAAAGAAAUAAUUAUGGUAAAGGAUUCUCUUGCGCAUGCGCAAACUGCGGUCAAAGAGUGGUGAGGUUGGAAUAACACAACUCUAGUGCACAAUGUUGCAGCAAAAAAACCCAGGAUCUGGUCGUCCAACUGACAUCUCACUACCCCAGGUGUUCAAGGCAAUGGUGUACAAACACAAGUGGCACACACCUUGACGAAAUACAAAAAUUUCCUGUACCCUUCCUCCUCCUCCACCAUC